UGGCAAAUGCAGAAACAGAUAAAAAUCCUUUUAUGCGGGACAAUUUCUGCUGUGAUCGAUUAGAAAUCGCUUUCACGGCACUAUAAAUAAAUAUUUGCCGAUAUGUUAUCAAUGCUAAUUGGCGGGAUUUGAUCCACUCGAGAGUCACUGUCGAGGGUGAAUCUAUAAAUGGGAGCAUCAAGUGAUGCCAGCUCGUCAUUGUCAUCGGUGUUGAGGAAGUGUUGUUGUUCACAAGGAAGAGAAGGGGAAGAAAAAGUAGGAAAGAUUGAUUUGAGAAGUCAAGCAAUUGGCUGGGAACUCCUUCGUCGUGUGAUCAUGAGGAAGUUCAAGGGGAAGAAGAGAUCUGUGGAGUUUCGCACGAAAGCGCCACAAGGUGAUCGUGGAGUUGAUGUUGGUGAUUUUGUGCCAAUUUCGUCCACUGAUGAUCUUUUGACGCGCUAUGAGGAGUACGGAAGCACACCGCCACGCACGAGGAUCAAGAUAAAGAAUCGCGACUGGGACAGGAAGCAGAGAAUGGAGGGAAAUGGCAAGAGGAGCGCCGCCAGGAUGUCCAGAUCCAGGGUGAAUCGGCGCAACACGAUGGAUUGUGCCAUUCUCAAUGAGAUGUUCAUCGAGGAUGAGCACAAGAGGACGGACAAGCGCACGCUGCAGCUGCAAAGGGAGACAGACAGAGAGAUUAAGCUGUCUUCUAUGGCCUCGGCGGCGGUGAAUCUGAUGCAGAAUCGUCACUCCAGACCACUGAGCAAUGCCAGCAUUGAGGAGCGAACGGAGAGCCUUCCGUCCAAUGUCACAGUCCACAAUAACAAUGUGGUCACGACGACGGGAGGAACACAGAUUGGUGGGACGUUGAUUGAGUGCAGCAACAGAUAUAUGAGUGUCCAGUCACGUCCUGUGGGGUGUCGCAUGUCCGCCCCGCCGUCGGCCUUUGCGGCAAAUCUCAAGCUCGAUCAGACUGACAUGCCAAAGAUCCAGAAUCGACAGGAAUUCCACGAAACCUUUGCCAAUCUCAUUAAGCUGGGCAGUGUGGAUAAGCAGGAAAGCAAACUCUCCCAUGAAGAGUACAAAUACCAGACGGAACUACAAGACUUAAUAUGGUUGGAAUUGCAAGCGUGGCACGCUGAUCGGACGCUGGAGCAGCAGGACAAGUACUUGUAUGCAGCCAGACAGGGAAUUGGGGAUUUGCUCAAUGAGAUCAUGUCGUACAGAUUCCAGCCGAGAUUCUCGCGCACCUCCAGCGUGGCCAGUGAUACGGACAGUGGUGUGGCGUCAGAUUCGGCGAGUUCAACUCAGGAGGGUGGCGGCAGGAGUCCAAUGAUGUCUUCAGUGAGUCAACCGUGCACGGGAUGCUUGUCAAUGUACUGUCGUGAUUGUCAGGAUCAGCAGGGAUUGGCGAUGAAGCAAGUAGAAGUGUUGCUGACACGAUUAGAAGCGGCAGAGGCACUUUUUCCCUCAACUCAGGCACUUGGACAGUGUUAUCCGAUCUACAAGAAUGAAGAGUUCGUGGGAAGAGUGAAGGCAAUGUGCUUAUGGUACAAUAUUACGCGACAUCAGAGGCUGAAAUUGAUGAUUUUGGGAAAAUUGAUGGCCAGAGCGCAGAGUGAACCGUUUACAUGGCCAGUGGCUAUUGAGGAGCGUCACAGGAAUUCCACAGCAUCUCUGCAGGACACUGCAGACUCAGGGAGAGAUUCUGUGGAUUCCAAGUGUGCGAAAAUCUCACCGCCAAAGGUGCAAUUCACGCUGGAUGAGACAAAUGAGUCGGGCAGUUCGAAUGACAGCACGAUAAGUGGGGAGUCGAUGAUGAAGGAAUCCACACCGACACCGCCGGUGGGUGAUUUUGGGAAGUUGGUGAAUGAGGUGAAUCUCUUCAGUCGCAAUCCUGCGCAUGGUUCGCCGUACAGGAAGUAUAUUGAGACGGUGCUGAAGUCACGAGGAUUGGGAAAGAGUCUGAAUUUCCUCCAUCGACUGCACAAUGUUGUGCUGCGGAAGGCGCAAAUUACGCUGGAGAAGCCAGGAAGUGAGGAGUCAGAUGAGGGUGAGUUGUUUGAGAUUGAUUCGCCGAUUAUGGAGCCACCGCUGGAGAAGGAACAGGAGGAUGAGUUGAGAAGAUAUGGGAUUUGGAGUCCUGAAUUUGAACAACUGGCUUUGCCAUCUUAUGUCCCAUCAUUUGUCUUCUUAUCGCUGAUUCCCAUGGAGGUGAUUCAUGAGUUUCUGCGAUUGAGAUUGGAGACACGCCCAGUGCAGCCGAAUCCACUGAGUCUGGAGCAGCUGAUGAAGGAGUUGAGGGAGGGCUUGAUCUUGGCGAUUACGCAUCGUGAGCGCUACAAUAAGCACAUCACGACGGCGCUGUGUGAGAAGGAGCCGGAGUUGGAGAAGUACAUUGGGAUUCUGGAUGAGUUUGACAAGACGGUGAAGAAGGUGAUGGAGCUGUAUUUGGACUAUGUGGAGCAGUGGGUGCUGAUUGCCGCUCCGGAGGGUCAUCAGCGAUCUGCCAUGGACAAGGAGUGGAUGUUCACGAAGCUGGUGUGUCCGAUGAUUCCCGGACAGCACUCGAGUGCCGCGCGGAGAUUCUGCAUGAUUGUGAGGAAUCUCUUGAGGACAAUUGGGACGCGACUGGUGACAAGGGCAACGGAGCUGGAUGAUCAGAUUGACGAGACGGCUCAUGGGGAGGCGUCAAAGUGGGAGAUUCUGGCCAUUUGUCGUGCCACACAGUCGCUGUUCACGGAGGAGCGUGAGAAGGCGGUGAAGGUGAUGGCGUUCGCCAAGACGCUAAUUCGUGAUAUUGAACAUUCGGACUUCCAUCGGGAUCACAGUGAGGAGUACCUGAGGAAGUGCAAGGGCGAUGAUUUUGUGUGUCUGGAGGUGAGAGAGGCGAUCACGGUGCUGAAGAGGGAUGCGCUGAAGGUGAGGGAGAAGCUGACGACGAUCAUUGAGAUGGUUGAGGAGAGAUGUCAUGUGAAGCACAUUGCGGAUCUCGAUGAGGUGGACAAGGCGGCGGUGCUGACGAGAUCCCGAGAGAUUCUCCAUCAAGGCUACAAGUUUGGCUUUGAAUACCAUCGUGAUUUGGUGCGUAUGAUGGAGACGAAGAUUGUCACGUGCAAAGACAGCUCGUGUGAGUUCAAUUUGUCACUGGGAAUUAUUGGAUUUGCCAAGAUGUGGAUGAAAUUUGUGAUGGAGCGAUGUGAGAGAGGACGAGGAUUGAGACCAAGAUGGGCUGCGCAGGGAUUUGAUUUCCUCAUUCUCGCCUGUGAUCCAUCCAAUUCGCGCCACUUGAGCGAGAAGGAGUUCGAAGAGAUGAAGGCAAUGAUGGACAAGUGUAUCUCUCAUGUGAUUGGCAUCACCACAGAGCCACAGCGCAAGAGACCAUCGCCACGAUCGCGAAAGACAAGUCCAGCGGCGAGAAAAGUCACGCCUGGGAAGAUGAAUAUCACAGCUGGACCGCAGAAGAAUUUGAUGCCACAGAUGAGCCUGAGAGAAGAGGCAGUUGGACUCUCGCCCACCAGCAUGCCAGAUUCCCCGGACAUGAUCAGGAAGCAGACUUCGUGUGACACAUCAACGAAUGGCAUUUCCAUCAUUGUGCCGCAGAUUACCAACUUUACGCAACCUUUGAGGCAGAUUCGCGUGAGAGAUUCAGUGAAUCGAUUGGAUCUGGAGUUGGAGAAUAAAUUGAGAGAGAGGAAUCUUAUUGGGCAGGUGAAGUCGCUCAAUACUUGUGACAAGAUUCACAUUCGCUCAAGGAGUGUCACAUUCAGGUGGCAUCGAGGGAUAAAGAUUGGCCAGGGAAGAUUCGGAAAAGUCUACACGGCUGUUAAUAAUUCGACAGGUGAAUUGAUGGCAAUGAAAGAGAUUACAAUUCAGCCGGGAGAGAACAGAGCCAUUCGUCGUGUGGCUGAAGAGCUGAAGAUCUUCGAGGGAAUUACACAUAAACACCUCGUGAAGUACUACGGAGUGGAGAUUCAUCGAGAGGAGCUGCUGAUAUUCAUGGAGCUCUGCUCGGAAGGCACUCUUGAGAGUCUCGUGGAGUUGUCAGGUGGUCUGUAUGAGAGUCUGACACGUCGCUUUACAGCUCAACUCCUCUCGGCCGUUGGUGAACUCCACAACCAUGGAAUUGUACACAGGGAUGUGAAGACUGCCAAUAUUUUUCUCACCAACGGAUCCAAUUGCCUGAAAUUGGGUGAUUUUGGAUCCGCCGUGAAGCUCCAGACGCACACAACGGUGCCUGGAGAGUUGCAGGGAUAUGUUGGGACGCAGGCGUACAUGGCGCCGGAAGUGUUCACGAAGAAUAACACCGAAGGACACGGCAGGGCAGCUGAUAUCUGGUCAUUGGGCUGUGUGGUGAUCGAAAUGGCGUCGGGGAAGAGACCUUGGGCCCAGUUUGACUCCAACUUCCAGAUUAUGUUUAAGGUGGGAAUGGGAGAAACUCCUGAGGCGCCGGACAGUUUAUCACAAGAAGGACAUGAUUUCUUGAUGAAUUGUCUGCAACACGAUCCCAAAUCUCGUCAGUCGGCCAAUGAAUUGAUGCUUCACAACUUUUGCAAGGUCGGUCUUGAGGACGAUUGCUCGUGCGAUGACAAGAGACAGCAGGAGAUUAGACGAUCCAAAAGACACAAGCCCAAGUCCUGAACACUUUACAGCGUUCUCAAUGUUCGUCUUAGUAGUUUUAUUCACUACACACUGAGUAUCUUAAUUGUUAUACAUUUAUGCGCGAUAUGUUUUCCAGUUGAUUACUUUUCUUUUAUCAAUAUUGACUAUUAUGUUAAAUAGCUCAGGAAUGUGAGACAACACGUGAUUCGUUAUUACUGGUUUUAUUCUGUUUAUCUUGCUGUAGAUGAAUUGUUUGCUCAAAGUUGGCACGAUGUGAAUGAUUGUAGAAUUGUAUAGGGAGAGUGCCUAUAAUUUAAUCACUGUAAUCAUGAAAGUUAUUUUAUAUACACAAGAAAACACAGAAGUUUUCUUAUGGUAUUUGUGAGGAAUAUUCAAAGAAUAGUCGAGACACACUGCAAAUGGAGAAUAAAGAUUAUAUUUUAC